CCCCCGAUCGACAGUGCUGCCAGCCUGGCGCGCCGAGACCAGCCUAGCCGAGCCGAGCCGCCUGCGACCGCGGCAACCCCUGCUGCUUGCGCCGCCGCCGUCGCCGCUGCUGCUGCUGCCGCCGCUGCUCGCUGACCGGCUCUGGGUCCGCUGCUCAGCUCUGCUCCCAAGACGGUGGUCCGAGCGUCUACCACUUAAGCCAUACCCUCUCCACACCACCCGGCAGCUACCGUUCGUGCCUCGAGAGCCUGUACCUGCUCCGUUCAUCACUUCCAUUUGCCACGAUUGGGCGGAUGGCGGCGCCCAGGUGACGGGGCGAUGGGCGGCCGGGCGGGCCGGCGCCCGCGGCAGCGGCUCGGGCUGGGGCACGGCCGCCGCCAUGGUGACGCUGACUGAGCUGCUGCAGGGGCCCUCCACGCUGGACGCGCUCGCGCACGCCGCGCUCAUCUUCACCGCCGGCGUCGCCAUCAUCGUCACCAACGUGCUCAUCAUCGCCACCUUCCUCAACCUGCGCGGGCCCACAGAAGUUAUCAACAUAUAUCUUCUCUCACUGGCCGUGGCUGACCUGUUAUGUGGCUUGCUGAUUGUGCCAUUAUCUGUAUAUCCAGCUGUUGUACAGCAGUGGGUGUAUGGAGACAUUGUCUGCCGGCUUGUUGGCUAUCUUGAGGUAACAUUGUGGAGUGUGAGCGUGUUCACCUUCAUGUGGAUCAGUGUUGACCGUUACCUGGCUGUGAGAAAACCUCUUCGGUAUGAAACAGUGCAGACGAAAACACGCUGUCGUUGCUGGAUGGUCUUCACUUGGGUAUCAGCCGCUAUGCUGUGUUGUCCGCCAUUGCUUGGUGUCAACAAACCAACAUUUGAUAAGGAUGCUUACAUAUGUGUGCUUGACUGGAGUAAUAUGGCAGCUUACUCUGUUACAGUUGCCAUUCUGGUACUUGGCCCCAGUCUCAUAACUAUCAUUUACACAUAUUCUUACAUAUUCUCCACCAUGCGUAAAUUACGUAGUGGUGUUCCCAUCCAUGAUAAAGAGUAUGCAAGUGCACUAUCUGAGAAUCUUGCUAACCCAAGCCACAUUGUGUCAUUUGUGCUUGUUAUAGUAUUCUGGUUAUCAUGGGCACCGUAUGCAGGAAUUAAAUUGUAUGAACAUUUUACAGGAAACAGGAUUCAGAUACCAUAUUUACAUUUUGGAAUUGUUUGGCUUGGAAUACUUAAUUCUUUUUGGAAAUCUCUUAUACUAGUGGCACUAAGUCCCCAGUUCCGACUAGCAGCACGUCUUCUUUGUGUGACAGUAUGCUGUCGUUACAAAGGGCGGCUGCAAGGAGACCUGAUGGGCAUAGAUCUAGAUGAAUGACACAGCCAAUUGUACUUCUAAAACAGGGACUUUUAUUUCAUGCCCUACAUAGCACCACUGUGACAUAAACACAUCUUUCUAUACCAGUUUGCAUUAUGAAGUAUUUUUCACCAUUGGUCAUAAUGUUAAUAUUUAAUCUGCUACAAAACUACAAGAAGUGACAAGCAGCUGAGUAACCACUUGAGACUGUAUGACAUGUAUUAAAACGAGCUAUCUCAGAAUUAGUUUGAGUAAAGCAGUAUGAACAGUGUUCUGUGGCAGUGUAUAGAAGAAUCUGUGACUUCUGAUAUGUGCUUCAGGUAAUUCAUCCAGUGUAGCAUUUUAUUAAUGGCAAAUGUUAAAUUAAAGACUUCGGGAUGAGCUUUAAAAUACCUAUGACUGAACCUAAAAGAACUGUUCAUUUAUUCUGUGUGUAGUGCAUCUAGUGAAGAAGAAAACUUGAGCAUUGCUUGUUACAGUAUGAGGUAUCAAAGCUAAUGUUCUGAGUAAAGUGAAUAGUGCCCUUAGAUUGCUGUUGUGAUGUCAUUGUACAAAAUAUUUUGUGUAUAGCUAAAAUAAUGUACUUUUGGAAAAGCUUACUCCAAGAACAAUUCAAUUCCUACUUAUGACAUUACUAUGUUUAUUGUUGUCCUAACUAACUAGUUAAAAUGUUUCAUAAUAUGCAGCUGUACAUAAAAAAUGGAUGUUCCUAUUUUCUAAUAUUUAGAGCUGAAUGGAUAUUUAUGUGUACUAAAAGUGUUUCAUUUAUGUCAGAUGAUGUUUGUUAUAAUGUUAUUCUGUCAUUUAUCAACUAAUAUGUAAAGUGUUUCACUGUACAUUCUUUAUCUAGGGCUUCGGCUCAUUAUUUAAUUAUUGAUAAGGAUAAUGAAUGUUUAAACUCAAAAUAGAAGGCCACAGACAGGGUUUCACUAUUGUUAAUUAAAUUUUAAUACAGCUGAGUGUAGCAAGCGAAAUGUUAAGCGAAGUUGAUGUGCCACAAUACAACUGUUGUGUCAUAUUUAGUUGAGGUAACUGUAUAAAAUCAAGAGCUCAGAUUUUUCAUUUUACUUUGAAAAUAUUAUGGACAUUGAUUAUUAAAUUCAUGCAAGGAUAUCUUAAAACAAAUUCAUUGACAGUGCAUGUAGUCCAUUAUUUUAGAACAGUUAAUGCUUUUUUUAACAUCAAUCCAUUACAGCAUUCACAUCAGAGUCAGUUUUUUACAAUGUAAAUUAAUUUGUUACUUUCCUACAGCACUGAACUGAGCCACAAAUUUAAACGAGGAACACUGUGCUCAUAUUAAAGAACCUCAUGCUUCUACUCUUUUGAUUAGUGUGAAGCUAUAUAAAAACCCAUGCUUAGUAUUAACUUUCCUCUGUUCUCAAUCAAAAUAAAGGUGAGUUCUACACAUAAACAUUUACCUGUAACAUAUAUAAACUGCAUGAAUUACUGACAUUUUGCAAAUGCAAAAUCUGUAUGGCUGACAAUAUAUGUGAUGUGAAAGUGAAUUGUAGUGUAGAAUGAUGAUAAAUACACCUAUUUAUGGAAGAAGAUAUAUAAAUACAUUUAUAUUCUUGGAAUAAGAGAGAUGUAUUGUAUUUAGUAUAGAUUACAGGUAAUUUUUGUAACUAAAGUUGAAUAACCAUUUUUAUGUGUCAAAUGAAAAUAUAUUAUUUGCAAAAAGUUUUAGUGAAUUUUAGAAAAAGAAUCACUGUAAUGCACCUGAAAAAACACACUUGCAAAGAACAUCCAAAUCAAGGAAUGAUUCAUUUAUACUGUGUAACAGGCAAAGAAACAGGUAACACACCUGUUCAAUAUGCCGAAAACAACUUGGGCAGUUGACAUGUCUCAUUUUACGCUGUCAGUCAGAUUUUUUUCACACAGGUAAUUUCAGUUCAAAUGGUCAGUAAAGCAGUCUAGUCCACAAACACAGACUUUUUGAAUUCACCUAAGAUGUAUAAGUCAGAAUUCAAUCAGGAAAAAAUAAAAAUACAUAACUAUAACAGAAAGUUUGUGAAUAUCAUAUAUUGGGGAAAACAUUUAAUUAUUUACAUAAAUGCUAUUGUCCAUGACAUUUGGCACAACAGUUAUGAAGACAACUCAUUUAUCACCAAGUCCCAAUAUGUGUAAUGAAUAAUGUCCGCCCACAUCUCAUGGUCGUGCGGUAGCAUUCUCACUUCCCACACCGGGGUUCCCGGGUUCGAUUCCCGGCGGGGUCAGGGAUUUUCUCUGCCUCGUGAUGGCUGGGUGUUGUGUUCUGUCCUUAGGUUAGUUAGGUUUAAGUAGUUCUAAGUUAUAGGGGACUGAUGACCAUAGAUGUUAAGUUCCAUAGUGCUCAGAGCCAUUUGAAUAAUGUCUUGAGAAACACACUAUAAAUUUUACAAAAAUUACACAGAAAAAAAUUAACUUUCAAACAAUUCACAAUUUUUAAAUUUUAUGCUGUUUUGCAAAUCAGGAUGAAUUCAAGCUUUCUGACCAUUAUAACUGGCAACUGUACAGACAUCUUAUGCACUAAUUUUUAUGAUUAAUUAAUUUUGCAUGUAUAGAAAUAAGGUUUAUAGUGACCGUACUGGUACAUUUUUGGGAAUGCAAGAGAUAUCUGUGAAUUACUAAUUAGUUUCCUUAUGUCACACAUUUUAUUUCUGUAUUUGUUUCUUACUUGUUGAUGUCACUUACCUGUCUCAUGUUACUGCCUUUCAUAUGAAAUAAAAUGUGAUUAACACAGUGUUCUUUUUUUUAUAUAUUAAUGCUAUGGAGAAUUCUAUGUUUGUUACAAGAUAGAGAGCAUGUUUUAGAGCCGUCGAGGCCGUGUGUUUCCAUUAAGGCCUAUACAAUAUUACUAUCUUAAUAUUACACUGUGCAGACGUAAUCAGUCCAGCAGAGUGAAGUUUGCCUAAAAUUAAUAUUAAUUCUUUCAAUGAUACUGGCAGCUGUAAUAUUAAUCUCCAUCACUUCCUUGCAAUACUACAUAAUAUAUUCAUUGUAGAAAAUUCACCUUCCUGUUAUAUAGCAACUCAGAAUCAUAACUGCAAGCAUCACAGUGGCAUUGUACAAAGUAUCUGAGUAUGAUUUUGUAGUUUUUGGUGUGUGUACUGAUGACAGAAAAGAUCUAAAAUUUAAUCUAAAGAUGUGGACUAAUAUUCUCUAACGAAAAACUUUUUAGCAAUCUUAUUGCUUUGUAGCAAAUAUGUGGAUAAAUAUAGUCCAAAAUAUCUUAGUAGGCCGAUUUUGUAACAUAUAUUGUCCUUAUUUUGUCACAGUUCGUCACAUGUAUAUUUAUUAUGAUUUGUCAUAAGUUGUGCAAGAGGGCUACAUACGAAUAGAAAUAUAUUCACAAAUUCCAAAAUGACCCAUAGCUAAAUGAAGAAGACUGCUGCAGCAACUUACUUAUAACAAAAAAAAAAAAAAAC